AGUGAAACCACAUGAAAACAGCUAGUUACAUGUUCCUAACUUGUCAUCACCCAGUUUCCUUAUUUACCCGAUUUAAUUCCAUUUUUAUCUAUAUUUUCCUGUAAUCCCUAUAUUUAGUACAACGCCUACUAUAUAUAAAGGGGGAAUUGACACUUGGGGAACAGUGGUACUACAUAGUGUCAGCACGGAACGCGUCUAGUGACGUCACAACCAUGAAAAUAUUAUUUGCUUUAUUCGUCCUGUGUGUGGUCACUUUGUCCAAAGGAAACGAAGAGAACUCUCCACAAGUUUCUGUUGUACAUAAAGAUUAUGGACCAAAAGCCGGCCCAGCAUUAGUAACUGCGAAAAGAAUAGAACGUGGCUAUUAUCACCCCGAGCCCCCUAGCAUGGUUCGUCGUGUCAAAAGACCAAUAAGACAUAAAAGACCAGACAUGAGAAGACCAGGGCUUAGGCGCCCAGGACAAAGGCGCCCAGAAAACAGAAGAUUUGAGAGGCAACGUCCUCACAAGAGAACUAUUCGUCGUAGACAUCAUAAGAGAACGGCUUAUUAAGAUGAUUAAAUAUAUAAUUUCA